UUCGUGUUCUUGUUGUCAAUUCGAGAAUGAUCAAUGAUCGUGAAGUAAAAGCCCGUUCGAAUUGUAUUUAGUUUUUGUAUUUCGGUAACACACGUUUCGCGAUAAGGCAUCAAAAUGAUGAUGGACUAUUUUGUGACGAACAAUUCCUUAGCACCCGCACCUAUGGGGAUACAAAGUACCGCGGGUGCUGUGCCCGUAAAGAAUGAUAAAGGAGAGUUGUCUAUGAAGAAGGUGAAGGUACAUCGUUAUGUUUCUGGUAAGCGGCCAGAUUAUGCAGCAGUAAGUUCAGAUGAAGAAUCAGAGGAUGAGGAUUUUCUUGAGAAGCGUGUGCAGAAGGGUUACGAUGACGACGUUGGUGCAGAAGUUACUUUACAUCCACAUAUAAGAGGUAGGGACGAGGAUGAUCCACGUUUGCGAAGAUUAACACGCCAACAAAAGGAAGUACCAACUGAGGUACGCGCGGAGAGACACAGACAUAUUCACGAGCCUGAGCUUAUCGAGAUCGAGUUGGAAAGAACACGAGAAAGGAUCAAGUUGGAAAGUUCUGAUUCAUCCGAGGAUGAAGAAUUAUCGGAUUCGGAGAUAGAAAAACGACGAGAGGCCCUGAAGCAACGAGUAUUGUCCAGGAAGGAAACGGAGGAGGAAUUAAUAGAGGGAGAGGAGGAAGAUAAAUCAGGAGAAAGCUCAGAAGAGAGCUCGGAAUAUGAAGAAUAUACAGAUUCCGAGGAGGAGACUGGACCGCGAUUAAAACCUGUGUUCGUUCGCAAAAAGGAUAGAAUCACGGUGAUGGAAAAAGAGAAAGAGGCGAUGCGACAGAAACAAGCGGAAGCUGAGGCAAAGAAAGCAGCCGAGGAACGAAAGAGGCAAACUCUGAGAAUGGUGGAAGAGACGGUGCGAAAAGAGACGCAGAUGAGCAAUAAAGGUAACAUCGAACAGGAAAGUAAGCUGAACGAUGUUUGUACUGAUGACGAGAAUGACGAAGUAGAAUACGAAGCUUGGAAGCUGCGCGAGCUUAAAAGGAUUAAACGUGAUCGUGAAGAGAGAGAGCAGCUUGAGAAGGAACGUCUAGAAAUCGAGCGUAUUCGUAAUAUGACUGAGGAGGAACGAAGGCAAGAGGCACGACUGAAUCCUAAGAUGAUCACCAAUAAAGCGGCCAAAGGAAAGUACAAAUUCCUGCAGAAAUAUUAUCAUCGUGGCGCGUUUUACUUGGACAAGGACGACGCUAUAUUUAAGCGCGACUUCUCUGGCGCGACUUUAGAGGAUCAUUUUGACAAGACGAUUUUACCAAAGGUCAUGCAGGUGAAGAACUUUGGCCGCAGCGGAAGAACCAAAUACACUCACUUGGUGGAUCAGGACACGACGCAGUUUGAUUCACCUUGGAUAUCAGAGACAGCUCAAAAUCUCAAAUUCCACAAUAAUCAAGCGGCGGGGAUGAAGCAAAUAUUUGAUCGACCUUCCUUGAAGAAGAGGAAAGCUGAGAAUUAAGUGGUAUAUAAUCAAUUGUUCGAUAGAUAUGAUCGGCAUGCAUACAACAUAUAAAUCUUAGCUGUAGAUUGGAGGUACAUAACAUAUAGACAAAGACUUUCUUAUGGAAGGAAUGGAGCUUUCUAUACCCAAAGUGGAGCAUUCUAUAUCCUGUGAGUAUUGAAUUCUGUGAGUAUUGAACAUCCAGAAUUCAGAGUAUUUAAAAAUAUAUAUUAAUUUUUGACAAAAAACAAUAUUUGAUUAGGGUAUAUAUGUAUAAAAAUAAAUAUAUUUUGCACAUAUAACAAAAGAUAAAAUAUUUGUGUUAUUUUGAAAUCUCUCUUCCCUCCCUCGUUUAGAUGAUUCCACACAACCCAGAAAAGUCAAAAGUCUUCAUCCCUAUACAUAACUUCUAUCUAACAGAUUUUUAUUUCAGAAGUAACCGAACGUAUUUAGUGUUUCUAAAAAACAGGAUCUGGCUACAGAGAAAAUGGCGCGAAACAUACAUGCGUAUUUGAUGUGUUUGGUGUAAAUGAUGAGUUUCACUACACUUUGAUUAGUAUCGUCGUGUAGCCAUGCUAAUCAAAAAGGAUAUACGCGAUAGUCAUAUUAGGAUGUAUUGGAUUGUAAUUAAUAUAUCUCCAUGUACAUUUA